GCCCACUUCUUACUUUUUCGGGAACAGGGACCACAGUAAUGGAAGACGAGGAGCGUCAGAAAAAGCUGGAGGCCGGCAAAGCGAAGCUGGCCGAGUACAGACAGAGGAAAGCCAAUGCUGAUGGACAAAAGAAACCAAAGAAGAAAAAGAAGAAGGGAGCAGAAGACUCUCCAAAAGAUGAGCCUGGCAAAGAUGAAAUCAAGCAGGAGCAGUCUGUCGGAGAUGAAGUUAGGGGGGGCAAAAAGGAAGCCACCACCACAGAAUUCAGCUUUGCUCGAACCUUGCGGAGCGGUGAGACCGUCAAACAUGACCAGACUUACACCAUAGAGCCUGAGAGUGAGGUUUCCACCACAGCAGAAGACUACUCUUCAGAGGUAAAUGGUUGCCGUGAGAUGACAGAGAAAGCAAUGGAGUCUUCCAUGGAUUUGAUCAGGGAGGAGGACCUACGACACUCUGAAUCUCAUUCAGAACACGAGCUACGGGGUGGUCCUCCAAGCAGGCUGCAGAUCAUGGAAGAUGAGCUCGCGGCUAAAAAUCAGAUUGUGGAGGAACUCAGUCGAGAACUAGAGGAGAUCAGGGCUGCGUUUGGAACUGAGGGGGUGCAACAGCUUCAGGAUUUUGAAGCUGCGCUUAAGCAAAGAGAUGGGAUCAUCACCCAGCUCACGGCUAACCUCCAGCAGGCACGGGAAGAGAAGGAUGAGGUGAUGAGGGAGUUCCUAGAGUUAACGGAGCAAAGUCAGAAACUGAAGAUACAGUUCCAACAGCUCCAGGCAGGAGAAACUUUGAGGAAUACAAGUCACAGCAGCACAGCUGCAGAUCUUCUCCAAGCUAGGCAGCAAAUAGUUCUGUUCCAGCAGCAGCUGGAAGAGAGAGAUGCUCAGGUCCAAGGUCAUCAGAGGCAGAGUGAGGAGCAGUUGUUACAGAUAAAUCAUCUUCAGCAGAUGCUGAACGAAAGUGAGAUGGUCAGGAGAAAAGAAGCUGAAUCAUUUGUAGAGAGAUUACAAGAGAAAGAUGUGUUAAUAGCUGAGCAGGAACGACUCAUGUCUGAACACCAGGUCUCACUGACUGAGCUUAAGGAGAAGCUCCUGGCCUCAGAACAGCAACUGCUUGCCUUAAAUGAACAGUUAUCAUUAAAGACCCAAGAGCUUGAGAGCUGCCAAGGUGAGUUAUCUGUAUCCAGGCAAAAAGAACGAAUGUCUUCUGCUGAGAUCAUGCAGUUGAUGGGCACAGUGGAAGACCUUCAGAAGCGUUAUCAUCAGGGCAGCCAGUCAGAGGGACAGGUUGUCCAAAGAAUGGAAGAGGAAAUGGCCCAUAAGAUGGAGCAGCUCAGGGCUGAACUAGAUGAGAUGUAUGGUCAGCAGAUUGUGCAGAUGAAACAGGAGCUUCGUGCCCAACAUUCAGCAGAAGUGAAUCAAAUGAUGGAACAGCACUCUGAUGAUAUGAACAAGAUCAAGGAGCAACACCAGUCUGAGCUUGACAGGUUGAGACAGCAGUACAUGCAUAGCAGUGGAGAGAUCAAUGCCCUAAAUGUUAAAGUUAUUGACCUUCAGCAGAAACUUCAGGAGACACAGGUGCUAAGAGAAAAAGCCAAGCAGGAGCUGACACAGGUAGCUGAGGAGAAACUCAGUCUGCAGAGUCAGGUGGAGCAUCUACAAGUGGCCAAAGAAAGGGUCGAGGUAAGGUAUGAAAGCAUUGACCAUCAGAGUGAAGCUCAGCAGUUGAACGAUGCCAUCAAAGAUCUACAGGCUCAGUUGGCAAUGGCUGAAAAUGCCAAUAAUGAGCUGGAGGCCAAACAUGAGUCAGAGAUCACCAAUUACAAGAUCAAGCUGGAGAUGCUGGAGCGGGAGAAGGAUGCAGUGCUAGAUCGUAUGGCUGAGUCACAGGAGGCUGAACUGGAGCGACUGAGGACACAGCUGCUCUUCAGUCAUGAGGAGGAGCUGUCAAGACUCAGGGAGGACCUUCAGAGGGAAAGUCUGCUCAAUGUGGAGAACAUACGCAAUGAGAUGGCACUGAGGCACCGUGAGUCCCUUGAAGAGCUGCGAAAAAGCUAUGAGGAGAGGCUACAAUCAGUAGAGGAACAAAAAGCAGUUUUGGCUACAGAAAGAGUUUCUUUGUUGCAGGAAAUAGUUGCAUUAAAAAAUGAUUUAAAUCAGGCAUUGGAGAACUCAAAGGCAAAAGAGCUGGUUCAACAACUGAAGGAGCUUCAGCUCGAGAUUGAAGAGUUAAAGCAGGCUGAGAGCGAUCGGGUUACCAGGGAGAGUGAAUUCAAAGAUGUGUUACAAAAAAAUGAACUGCUGCUAAAGGAGACAAAAGAAAAAGAAGAGAGUUGGGAGAUUAAAAGGAAAGAGCUUGAGUAUGAUAAUAAUAUUUUGAAAGAAUCGAACUUGUCCAUGAGGGAUGAAAUAAAGCACCUGAAUGAGGAGAGAGAGGCCACCCAGCAGAAAAUGGAUUCUCUCUCCACGGAGAACAAACAAAUGCAUAAACAACUGAUGGAUCUGAAAGAGGAAAUCGACAAACAGAAGAACACAUUCUCAUUUGCAGAAAAGAACUUUGAGGUGAAUUAUCAGGAGCUGAAGGACGAGUACACGUGCCUUGUGAAUGUAAAAAUACAACUAGAGGAGAGGCUCCGGAAGGAGACCCUGGAAUACGAGGCAAGACUGUGCAGUCUUCAGGCACAGCUUCAGCAGCUGCAGCAGCCCGCAGAGGAAAGACCAUCUGAGUUCCUCCAGGUCAACCAAGAGGACAAAAUGGAAGAUGAUACAGUAGAUUGCAAAAUGCUGGCAGAAAAACACACAACUGAGCUGAUGGAGAAGUUAGAAACGACAGAGAGAGAGAAAGCGGACCUGAGAUCAAAACUCUCUGAGGCUACAGAAAAGUUGACAAUGAUGGAGAAUGGAGUGAAAGAGCUGGAGGGAGAACUGAGACUCAUGAGAGAGGAGAGCAAAGGGGUCAUGGCCAGGAAUAAAGAGCUGGAGCGAGAACUGGAGGCUCAGACUCAGUUACUGAUUCAACAUAAAAGGCAAACUGCUCAGUCUCCAGGCAGUAUUGCAGGCUCCUGCUCCACUGAGGACCAUUACCUCCAAAUCAAAUCUCUGGAAGAGGAGGUUAAGGCGCUCCAGUAUACCCUGCAGGGAGCUGAGCGAGAGCGCGACUUAGCUCUAGAACAACAUAACACCCUGGAGCAGGAAAACCGAACGUUACUGGCUCAGCUCCACCGGCUUAGGGAGGUACCUGUUGAGGAGACCUCUGUACCCCCCCUCAUUCAGCCAGUGCAAAGCGAUCAGCAGCAGAAAGUGAAGCAACAGGGCUGUAGCGAGCUAGAGCAGAGAAAAAAGGAUCAGAGUGCCGCAGAGCAGAGUGAGAGCGUAUGGAUGUUGCACACACAACGCAGCUCUGUCACUGAUGAUUCCAAUGAGAGGCACGACAGAGAGAGACAGAAGAUUGACAUUGAGAAGCAGGUGAAGAAGAGUCAGGGAAGUUAUGGGGACCACAGAGAACCUGGCCCUGUGACACAGCAAGAGGACAUGGAGGGCAUGGAACAUGUGUGCUUGCCCUCUCUACAGGAGGAGUGCCGGCUGCACAUGGAGGCCCAGCGCAUCAGUCUUUCGCAGAUCCAUGCUGCCCAGCUGGAGCUGCAGCGCGAGAGUCUGCAUGCGCAAGCAGAGGCCCAGUUGCGCAGGUUAGAGCAGGAACUUCGGCAAGCUCACGCGCAGGAGCUCCAACGACUGGAGGAAGAGCAUCAGAGAGAGCUGGAGGAUGUUAAAGUUGUCAAGGGCGAUCCCAGAUCUACAAGAUACCAACGUUUAACUGAAACAGUGUCAGAGGAAUGCAACCAGAUAAUUCAGUCCUUCAGGACGCUUCUCGGAGAGGAGGUUGUGCAAUCUCUGCAGCACAAGGACCCUGUUAGGAGUCAUGGCCGUGAUGUUCAAGACCAGGAAACCAGAGAUGUCAGUUCACAGCUACAGGAGGCAAAAGAUCUGUGCAGAAGCCUCCAGCAGUUGAAAGAGGCCAUAGAAAUGGCUCAUGGCCAUCUCCUUGAGUUACAGAAUUCCCUGAGGGCUGAUGGAAACAAAAUGGAGGAACUGCAGAUGGCUUACGAUGAGCUGAGGCGGAGCAGUGAAGAGGAGAUUGCCAGCCUGCGUAUGCAGAUUGAUGGAUCCCAGACUGCCAUUCAGGACACCAGUGACCUGAGGGUUCCACUGAUCCAGGGGGAGGAGGUGGAGAGGCUGAGGGCUGAGUUCCAGCAGCAGCAGGCCCAGCUGGAGGAGAGACACAAACAGGAGAUCGAGCACCUGCGUGCCUACUACCAACAGCAGGCCAAAGAGAUGGAGGAGCGCUACACCACAGAGAUUAUCCUCCUGCAUCAGAAGCUUCAGGAAUUUACCGGCACAGAAGGCCUUUUCAGCAUUCCCAGUGUUACCCAGCUGUCUGUGCAAAAAGAAGACGAGACAGAGUUUAAGCUGGAAGAGGAUGUGGACGUGGAAGUGGAGCCGCGUUCGCCCGUCAAGCCCGUGGGUUUGGGUGAGCAGCUGCAGACACUGAGGAAAGCCCUGUAUCAUAAGUACCUGCAGGAGGUGGCAGCCCUGAAGGAGCAGCACCGUACGGAGCUGGAGCGCGUGAGAGGAGAACAACAGUCUCAGGCUUCUGGGAGCCUCAGAGGAGGAAAGCUCUCCACCGAGGAGCUGGCAACUCAGGACUACCUCAGCCAGAUACUGGAGAGACAACAUCAGGAAAGAGUGGAAGAGGAAAUAGCCAAGGUGAUAGUGCAGAUGUCUGUGGAGUUUGCCCGGAAGACAGAACUGGCCAGGAUCAGUAAACAAGCCAAGGAGACCACAUCAGCUAUGCAGACCCAGGCCGAGGACUCUUCAGCCGGGCUAUACGAGAACGCCGGGGAUGUCUUGUCUCCGAGGGUGCUGUCGAAAGGAGAGCACGUAGAGCUGAAGAGGCGGUACGAGGAAGAGAGAGAGAGGUUGGAGAGAGAGUUGAGAGAAAGGACAGAGGAGCUGCUCUUGCUAAAGGAGGAGUUGCAUCAAACUCAGAGCCCGUCUGGAGACACCAGCCCUGGAGCUGCGCAGGGGACUUUGGGUUCGGGGAAGGUGGCGUCGGCUGAAGAAUGGAAGAGCGGUUUUGGCGGUGACUCAAAGCAGAGGGAAGCAGGGAUGAAACGGCCAUCGGAGGGAGAUGAAACAGAGAGAAGAGAAAGGGACGGAAGAGAGAAACGUCGGCCCGGCAUGCAAAACAGAAGCACACAGACAGAAAAGAGGAGAGGAGAGGAGGAACUGGAGGAAGUGAAAAAAGCCUCUGAACAAGUAGUGACAUCACGAUCCUCGUCCCAAGGCCGAGAUCCCUCUCCAGAUAUUAUAACAACUGAAAGAAACUUGCUGAGGAAGGCCAAUGAGAGUCUGCGACAGGUCCUCAGUGACGUGCUGAAGACCACUGCGGCUGCUGAGGAGACUAUUGGUCGCUAUGUGGAAGGGAUCCUGGAGGCCUCCAGUAGGGGGCAGAACCCUCAGCACAGACUCACUUGGCAGCGUGGCUCAGUGGAAACCUUUAAACCUUACAGCAGUUUGACUGCAAGACCAGGAGCAGACACUGCUCACGAGAGUUGCCAUGGCAGCGAAACGAUGGCAGACGACGUGAGCGUUUGGUCAGGCGAGACGGAGACGGACGAGGGUCUGGAGAUGUCUCAGCAGCUCACGGAGGGCUCUCUGACAGGGGCGGAGCUACAGCUGGAGAACGAAGAGUAUCUCAUGAACAUCAGCGUGCGCCUGCAGGCCGCCGUGGAGAAGCUUCUGGUGGCCAUCACAGAGACCACUAACCAGCUGGAGCACGCCAGGGUGACACAGACAGAGCUGAUGCGGGAGUCCUUCAGGCACAAUGCGGAGAUGGACGAGCUUCUCCGCAAACAAGAGGAGCUGCAAGAGCGACUAGCCGAGGAGGCCAGGGCACGGGAGCAGCUGGCUCUGGAGCUCCACAAGGCAGAAGGACUGAUUGAUGGCUACACAGGGGAGAGGGCGGCCCUGGAGAAGCAGGUCCGACAGAAGGAGGAGUUACAGCUGCACCUGGAGCAAGAGCUACAUUUGACCAGCACCCGCCUGCAGGAGCUGGAAUUGGAGCGGCAGCAGAUGCAACAGGAGAAAGAGCUGUUGUCACGGCAACAGGACGCCAUGAGGGAUGGGGCCGGGUCCCGCGAGCUGCACCUCCUGGAAGAGACAGAAAAACUUAUGAAGGAGAAAGUGGAGGUUCAGCGGCAGGCUGAGAAGGAGAACAGUGAGCUGCUCAAACAGAUGAAGGUUCUGGAAGCUGAGCUGGAAGAUCAAGUCAGUAAAGUCAUCGAGUUGGAGAAUGCUCACAGAGUGGAGAGUGCAGACCUGAGGCAACAGAUCCAGGCCCUGGAGAAACAGUUGGAGAAGAAUAGAAAGUUCCUAGAUGAGCAAGCCAUCGACAGGGAGCAUGAAAGAGACGUCUUCCAGCAGGAAAUCCAGAAAUUGGAACAGCAGCUGAAAAAUUCCCAAAAGCAACAGCCCAGCAAUGAACAGAGAAACAUAGAGGUGGAUCAGCUGACUAACCAGCUACAAGAGAAGACGGAUUGGUGCAGCGAGCUGCUACUGAGAUCAGAGCAGCUGCAGCGAGAUGUGGAGGAGCGCGAUGAGGAGAUUGAGAAACUGGGAGCUCGUGUGAGGGAGCUGGAGCAGGCCCUGCUUGCCAGCAGCGAGUCACUGCACAGAGUGGAGGAGAAUAAGCAGCAUGCAUCCAUGACUGAGACGCUGGAUGCCACGCUGGAGGCUCAGCUGCAGACGGAGAGGGAGGCUUUGGACAGGAAGGAGAAAGAGAUCUGUAACCUGGAGGAGCAGCUGGAGCAGUUCCGGGAGGAGCUGGAGAAUAAGAGUGAAGAGGUGCAGCAGCUCCAUAUGCAACUUGAGAUUCAGAGGAAAGAGCUGAGCACCCAACAGCAGGACCUGGCUGCUAAAGAUAACCUACUGAGGGUCUUGGAGGAGAAGGACAGGGAAAUAGCGAUUCUUAAUGAACAGAUCGCUAAGCUUCAACACACGGAAGCAACACCUGAUAACAAGGUGAUUGAGGAGAAGAAUGAGUUACUGAGGGAACUUGAAUCAAAAGUGGAGUACAUGUCGAGUGAGCAAGAACGCCUGAAAAGGAAUAGUGAAGAGGAGAUUGACCAGCUCAGUGCUGUCAUUGAGAAACUCCAGCAAGAACUCUCUAACAUCGAGCACAAGCAGCCUGAGGAGUAUCUUCCAGCUCAAGACGAUUCAACCCCCAGCAAGGAGGAGUACGACGAGAUGAAGCAAAAGAUGGAUGAAGUCACCAAGGAGCUUGACACACUCAAAGCUGACCACAGCUCUUUGCUCUCUAGAUAUGAAACUUUACAGGAGGAGGCCUCAGAGGCAUUUGCCAGGAGGCAGAACGAGAAGUCAGUGGCUGAGCUGGAGGAGGCCUUACGGGAAAAGACUGCGGCCUUUGUGGUGGUGCAGGCUCAAGUGCAGGCGCUGGAGCAGAGUGCUAGCUCUAGAGUGGCGGACUUAACACGACGUGUGGAGGAGUUGGAACUGUGUAUAGAGGAGAAGGACUCUGAACUUAACUCCUGCAGGGUUAGAGUAGAGAAAGCUCAGGCUGAUGCUGAGGCCCUUCAGCACAAGAUCUCAGAGCUUGAGGAGAAACUCAGGGAGAAGGUGGCUGCUUUGCUUGUGAGCCAGGCGCAACUUGGAGCUGUCCAGGCCCAAUCCAGAGAACUCCACAGUGAGGUCACAAAAGAUGCGGUGGAACCCGAUGUGGUGCUGGAGGUGGUACGCACCAGAGGAGAGGUCAGGGAGUCUAAAGCAGUGCCUGUGGGGAAGGUGGGCCUGUUGACAGAAAAACUCAAAGAGCUUGAGGAGGGAUUGAGUGGCAUGCAGAAAGACCAAGAACUUCAAAAGCAGCUGUUGUCCAGCUCUGAGGAGGAGGUGGUGGAGUAUGAGAGAAGACUAGCUGUACUCAUGGACCUGCUCAACCAAAUGAGAGCAAAACCUGUACAGCACAGACAACUGCUGUCUGCUGAGUCUAAAGGUGGAAGUGAGUCUUCGGUGUCUGAGCUUCUCCAGGAGCUGCAGGAGGUCAGAGAUGAAGCUGCAGCCACUAAAGAGGAGCUGAGCAGCUACAGGGAGCGCAGUGACAAACUGCAGGAAGAGCUACAGGUCAGGGAUCUAUCCAUUGCUCAGCUCCAGAAAGAACUCCAGCAGGUGAAGGCAGACAUGGCCAAAUCUGUAGAGGAGCCAAAGCCAUCGAAAUCAAAAAAGAAAGGUGGCAAACAGGGGGGCAAACAACAGGAAGAGCCACAGGCAUUGGCAGACAAAAGUGAGGAGUCUGUUGCAGUAUCUGAGCUUCGUCAAGAGCUUCAGCAGGUCAGAGAUGAAGCUACAGCCACUAAAGAGGAGCUGAGCAGCUAUAGGGAGCGCAGCCAUAAACUACAGGAAGAGCUACAGAUCAAAGAUACAACAAUAGCAAAGCUUCAGGAAGAUCUUCAGAAGGCACUGACCGGCACAAGUGAGAAGGACUCUGCUACAGUAUCAGAACUUCUUCAGGAGGUCAGAGCUGAAGCUGCAGCCACUAAAGAGGAACUGAGUAGCUACAAGGAGCGUAGUGACAAACUACAGGAGGAGUUAAAGGAGAGAGAGAUGACCAUAGCUCUGCUGAAGGAUCAACUCCAUAGAGCUACAGAGGGAAGUGAGACUUCAGAUCUUCACCAGGAGCUUCAAGAGGUCAGACACGUGGUUGCUACCACUAAAGAGGAGCUGAAUAACUACAGGGAGCACAACCACAAACUAAAAGAAGAGCUACAAAUCAAAGAAACAACAAUAGCAAAGCUUCAAGAGGAUCUCCAAAAGACAUUCUCAGGCACACAUGAGAAGGAAUCUACUGCUGUAUCUGAGCUUCUGCAGGAGCUCGAGGAGGUCAGAGAAGAAGCUGCAGCCACUAAAACUGAGUUGUGCAACUACAGGGAGCAAAGCCAUAAACUACAGGAAGAUCUACAGGAGAGAGAGAUGGCCAUAGCUCUUCUUAAGGAUCAGCUCCAUAAAGCAAUGGAGGGAACUGAGGUUUCAUCAUCUGAGUUUCUCCAGGAGCUUCAGGAGGUCAGAGCUGAGGCUGUAGUCACUAAAGAGGAGCUGAGUCACUACAAGGAGCGCAAUGACAAACUGCAGGAAGAGUUAAAGGUCAGAGAUCUAUCUAUUGCUCAGCUCCGGGAAGAACUCCAGCAGGUGAGGACGGCCACAGCCAAAUCUGGAGAGGAACAGCAGACAUCCCAAACCAAAAAGAAAAGUGGCAAGCAUGGAGACAGCAAACAGGAGCCCCAUGGCAAGAGCAAAGGCGUUUCCAAAGACAAACCGUCUCUGUCACGAAAGAAUUCGGCCGUCCAGUCCGAGAAGUCGUCCUCCUCAUCUGCUGCCAGUGGCACGUCAGGCGUUCAGCGCAUCGACGUGGGGACCCAGGUGGACGUGAGCCCAGGCAGAGAAAACACCUCGGAGGAGAUCGCUGAGGUGAUCAGUGAGUACAGGGAGAAGAUUGAGCAGAUGCAGGAACUCCAUGCUGCUGAGAUCAUGGACAUGGAGACCAGGCAUAUAUCAGAGAGUGAGAACCUAAAGAGGGAGGCCCAGGAGCUGGAGGAGGAGUGCAAGGCCCUGAAAGCUGUCAUUGAGAAGCUAAGGAGUACAGAGGCUCUUUCUACAAAAUCAGAGCAUCUGGCAGCAUCCCAGUUCAAAGAUGGCUAUGCAAGUGACAGCAGCUCCGACUGGAGUCAGCGCACAGGUCAAGACCUGCCCAACGUGCACCAGGAGUUCAGGACUACACCAGAGGGAGCGAGGAGAGAAAACGAACCGGACGUCCUCCCCGACAGGAUCAAGACUCUGCUGAGAGAGGUCCAUCAGGAAGGCAUGCAGGUCCUCUCUCUGUCUGAGCUGUCUCUGACCGAGGGAGAUCACCCUUCCACUGCCCAGCUCCACCCUCAGGGCUGGACCAAAGAGAGAGAUGCUCUGCUGGACACUGUGCAGUCCCUUAAAGCGCUCAUCACCAAGAUCCAGACAAACAGAGAAACACAGGUGGGUGGAGACUGGCGUGCAGAACUACUGGGUGCUGUGAAGCAAGUGUUUGUACGUGAGCGUGAUGUGCUGAAGAGUGCACUGUACUCUCAUCUGGAGCUGCUGGACACCAGUGAUGCAGUUAUCCAUCUUAACCAAUUAGAACGCAGAUUAGCUGAACAGGAUUCUCAGCACAGGGAAGCACUUGCCAUGUUACACACUGCAGACAGAAACAGUCUCCUGACCGAGGUCAGACAGCUCAGAGCCCAGCUAGAACACUUACAGUUGGACACCAGCCACACAGAAAUCACCUCUCAACAACAGCACCACCAACUGGCCAGCCCAGGUAUGGCUGAGAGGGGUGCAGGGGAGCAGGGAGACAGAGACAGGGGAACAGGCACAGCCCAGGGACACGGUGUCUCUCACUCAGAAAGACUGGUGCUAGAGGAGCUGAAGAGUGAGCUGGCCCAAACCAAACUGGAACUGGAGACGACUCUCAAGGCCCAACAUAAACAACUCAAAGACCUGGACGCACUCCGGACCGAGGUCUCAGACAAGGCUGCUGAGGUUGACGCACUCAAUGACAAACUGGCAGAAGAGCAGAGGAGAUCAAGAGAACUUCAAUGGGCUUUUGAGAAGGAGAAGUGUAAAUCAGACAAAAAGGAGGAGAGUGAAAGAGAGGAGCUAGAGGACCUGAGACUAGCUCUGGAGGAACAGCAAAACCGUGUGGCUCAGCUCAGCGCAUCUCUGCAGCAGGAGUGUGAUAACUCAGCCCAGCUCAAAGCACAGCUGGAACAGGAGAGGAGCCAGCACCGCAGUCUGGCCUCAGAGCUCCAGGUACAGCUGGAGUCCCAGCUAGCCCGAUCCCAGGAGCUGAGCAGUGCUCUGGAUAGAGAACGAGAGCUCAACGCCCAGUUCCGGCAAAAACAGGCCAGUUUUAGCCCCACACUUCAGCAGGGACCCAGCGCCGCAGCAGGGAUACAGGAGGCAGAAGCAGGAUGCAGCCAGGUGGAGGAAGGUGUGCAUUCUAUGGAGGUAUUGUUACAGAAUCUCCAAAAGCAGCUGGAUGAGAAACACACUCAGGUGGUGAAGUUGGUGGAUGAGGUGGAGAGACAGAAGUUGGAGGCAGUUCAGGCCAAACGUGAAUGGGAGGAGGAAAGAUCCACACUGGAGAGAAGUGCAGCGAAAGACCAGAAUGCACUCCGGGAGGCACAAGCUCGUUCGGAGCACCUGGAGAACAGGGUUCAGGACCUGCAGGGACAACUGGCCAGGGAGAGAGAGAAGGUGGAGAGAUUGGAAAGGGAAAGAGAUGCACUGCGGGCCAGAGUAACUGAACUGACACAGAAAUUAGGAGACACUACAGAGAGCCAACAGGCCAAAACCCAAAGUCAGGGGCAGACUGGCUGGAGGUCUGAGGGCCAAACUGGAGACAGAACCAGAGACUGGGUGUUACAGCAGAAGGCAGGGGAGGCUGUCACUCUGAGCUCUGGCACUCCAUCUCUGCAUGAAGCUUUAGGCACCGGGCACAUCACCCAGCUCGACUCCAAACACAUGGACAACAUCGUCAGCCGUCUGCAGCUCAUAGCCAACAAGAUUAAGGGUAUGACUGGCAGCGCUUCAAGCAGACUGUCCACAGAGGGGCCAGACAGGGAGAGUCUUGCCUGGCUGCAGAGCAAUGUGGAGGAUGUAGUUGCUAUGCUGCAGCAAGCACCAUCAAUACCUUCCAUACCGGAGGGCGCUGCCCUGGUGGCGGGAGGCUCGUCUAGCAACCUGACGGAGCGUUUGUUGAGGCAGAACGCCGAGCUCACUGGUUUCGUCAGCCGGCUGACCGAGGAGAAGAACGAUCUCCGUAACCAGCUGCUCAAACUGGAGGAGGAAGUGAGACGCUACAGACAGAGAGGACAGGGAUCAGACAGCUGGAGCAGGAAAAGCUCAAACAGUCAGGAAAUAGUGCAGUUCUCCAGUGAGCGGGAGGCCUGGAACAGGGAGAGGAGCCGACUGGAGAAAGCCCUGCGACACGCUGAGGCUGAGUUAACCCAUCUCAGAUCAGAGCUCCGCACCGACACCCUCAGAGACCUGACUGGCCCUGAUGCUGACAACGCUGCACUGAAGAGGAUCUAUGGGAAGUACCUGCGGUCUGAGAGUUUCCGGAAAGCGCUGAUCUAUCAGAAGAAGUAUUUGCUGCUGUUACUGGGUGGCUUCCAGGAGUGUGAGGAGGCCACGUUGUCUCUUAUUGCCAGAAUGGGGGGACGGCCCUCGCACGCUUCCCUGGAGUCCCUAAGCAAAAGGCGUAGAGGCUUCACGCGUUUCCGUUCAGCGGUCAGGGUCUCCAUCGCCCUCUCCAGAAUGAGAUUCUUGGUGAGGAGAUGGCAGAGAGCCGCAGGGGUAGGGUCCGUCACCUCACCGAGCGUGAACAGAAAUGGAAUCGGCCAAAUCACAGGGAGUGAAGGGAGGAAUGAUUCUCCGUACCUCCAUCCUGGCACUGUGGAGGUGUAUGGAGAGAGAAGGGGAACCAGUCGGGGCCGCACCGGCCGAGACUCUCCACGGUCUGGCCAUUCUGGCCAACACAGGUUUCACGGCAUUGCUGGAGAACACGGGGCACUAACAUGCUCCCAUCUGCAGAACUACGAUCCUGACCGUGCACUUACUGACUACAUAUCCCGCCUAGAGGCUCUACAGAGGAGACUGGGGAGUGUGCAAUCAGGUUCAUCUUCGUAUGCUCAAUUGCACUUUGGAAUGAGGAGAUAAAAAUCUUUAUUUACAUUUGAACUUGGCUUGAAGAAAAAAA